ACGAUGGCCGGGGAUCAACUUCAAGUGCUUCAUGCACUUGAUCUUGCAAAAACACAAUGGUACCAUUUCACUGCAAUCAUCAUUGCUGGAAUGGGUUUCUUCACAGAUGCAUAUGAUCUGUUUUGUAUCUCGCUCGUAACGAAAUUGCUCGGUCGGAUUUACUACCACAUUGACGGCAGUCCCACUCCCGGCGUAUUGCCGGCGAAUGUGGCGGCAGCGGUCAAUGGAGUUGCAUUUUGUGGGACGCUAACAGGCCAGCUCUUCUUUGGCUGGCUCGGGGACAAAUUGGGACGAAAGAAAGUGUACGGGAUGACGCUAUUGAUCAUGGUUAUCUGCUCCAUAGCUUCGGGCCUUUCGUUCAGUGAUGACCCGAAGGCGGUUAUGAUCACGCUCUGCUUCUUUCGGUUCUGGCUCGGGUUCGGAAUCGGAGGGGACUACCCACUUUCCGCCACUAUCAUGUCGGAAUACGCAAACAAGAAGACUCGUGGAGCUUUUAUCGGUGCGGUUUUCGCUAUGCAAGGUUUUGGGAUCUUAGUUGGCGGGAUUUUCGCGAUUAUUGUCUCGGCAUCUUUUCGGGCCAAGUACAACGUUCCGCCAUACAUUAAAGAUGAAUUUCGAUCGACCCCACAUGAAGCUGAUUACGUCUGGAGGAUUAUUUUGAUGUUUGGAGCUGUUCCGGCCGCUUUGACUUAUUACUGGCGAAUGAAGAUGCCGGAAACUGCUCGCUACACCGCCUUAGUUGCCAAGAACGCCGAGAAGGCGGCAACCGAUAUGGCUCGGGUUAUGCAAGUUGAUAUCGAGGCGGAUCAAGAGAAACUCGAGCAAUUCACGGAAAAGGAGUCGAAUUCUUUCGGUUUGUUCACGAAAGAAUUCCUUCGCCGCCAUGGGCUUCACUUGCUUGGCACCACAACCUGUUGGUUCUUACUCGAUAUAGCAUUUUACAGCCAGAAUCUCUUCCAAAAAGACGUUUUUAGCGCAAUUGGGUGGAUUCCAAAAGCAAACACAAUGAGCGCAAUCGAAGAGGUGUUCCGGAUCGCAAGAGCUCAAACCCUUAUUGCACUUUGUAGUACGGUCCCGGGGUACUGGUUCACCGUUGCCCUAAUUGACCGAAUGGGAAGAUUUAAAAUCCAGUUGAUGGGAUUUACCAUGAUGACGAUCUUUAUGUUUGCGCUAGCAAUACCGUACCAUCACUGGACCGAGAAAAAGAACCGUAUCGGUUUUGUGGUGAUGUACUCAUUGACUUUCUUUUUCGCCAAUUUCGGGCCAAAUGCCACCACAUUUAUCGUGCCAGCUGAGAUUUUCCCGGCAAGAUUGAGGUCAACCUGCCAUGGCAUUUCGGCGGCUUCCGGGAAACUAGGGGCGAUUGUGGGUGCUUUCGGGUUCUUAUAUUUGUCUCAGGAUAAACAUAAAGCCGAACCGGGGUAUUCUAGAGGUAUCGGUGUUAAAAACACGCUUAUUAUAUUGGGCGUUGUUAACCUUUUGGGUGCUCUUUGUACGUUUAUGGUACCCGAAGCUAAAGGGAAAUCACUAGAGGAGAUGUCGGGGGAGAACGAUAACGAUGACGAUGACGAUUACGAUGAUGCGGUAAAGCUCGAAGAUGUAUCGAAGGUAGCUGCGGAUUAA